AUUUGUUCUUAUUCUUUUCUUUGUGUAAUCUUUUCGAUCUUUGACCGAGUCUUUUGCCUUUCUCACUUUCACAACAUUUUUUGAUCGUUUUCUUUUUCUAUACUUUUUUUUCACCCUUUCGCUAAACGCAAAUUCACGCAAUGUCUUGGUCGCAAGUCACACACACGUUCCCGCCACGCUCCAAGGGCAGCUACCUUCGAACUGCGCAAAUACAAAUCGGCAUGUGUAACCUCUUCCUCCAACACACCAGUGCCUCUCUCUGUCUUAACGAAAACGUCUGUCGCGAGGUACGCGAAGACCUAACAAUGGCCCUCGAUCAUAUUGCUCCUGAAACACUAAAGUACAAGCACACAGACGAGGGACCCGAUGAUAUGCCCGGCCAUGAUGGACAGCUGGCUCUCGGAACGUGGCAGGGUAUAUAUUUGAACGAGCACAGAACAUACCAGCACAGGAGAACCGUUAUUGUCACUAUGCAGGGCGAAAAGAGAAAGUGAGCCAGGUGCUUUUUGUGGUUGUGUAAAUA